UAUGUUCGAUUUUUAUUUUUAUUUUUAGGUUAGAUUUGUUUUUGGUCGAAAUAUUUUAGGAUUAGGAGUAGUUUCUAGGGUUAGUUCCCACUACCUUUGCAGUAUAUAUUCCCAUCCAAAUAUCAAACACACAAACCCUCUCAUAUCUCUCACGCUCACAUCUUCAACCCCACAAACCCUAGCUUUGAUUGUCCUUCUGAUUCUCACUGAAAAUGUCUUCGCAGCAUUCAAUUCCAACUGUUGACAGAGUCAGCGUUUUGCCUGAUUCUGUUAUCUGCCACAUCCUCUCUUUUCUUCCUACCAAAGAAUCUGCCGCCACUAGCAUCCUCUCCAAGAGAUGGAACCCAUUGUGGCUCUCCGUCCUCACACUUGACUUCGAUGACCAAAACUUCACAGAAUUCUCCACUUUUCGACAUUUUGUCUACUCAGUCAUUGCCUUGAGAAACAUCACGCUGCAGACCAUCCAGUCGUUCCGCCUCAAAUGUGGUAACUCUUCUGGCUUUAACCCGCAUGAUGUCAAGAGAUUUAUUCAUGCUAUUUUCCAACGUGGAAUUCAGAAUCUCAACCUUGAGAUGUCCCCUUUCAAACUUGGCUUUAAGUUACCUCAUUGUGUUUUCAGUUGCAGUAACCUCACUGCUCUUAAAUUGAAGGGGCUAGCAAUAGAUUAUUCUUGCGAUUUCAAUUUUCCAUUACUCAAAACUCUUCAUCUGUAUACAAUCUCUUUUGGUAGAGAUCGUGAUUGCUUUCUUAGGCUUCUCAAAGGGUGUCCAAUUUUAGAGGAUUUGGAAACAAAAGAUUUAUUGCUUCAUUCUUCUAACAGUACUGGAAUGUAUGUAAGCUUAUUCAAUGUGGUCAGUGUAAAUAUUCUGAACUAAUGUUCAUAAUGCAAAGUUUCUAUCAAUGGCUUUCUAACA